AUGGCCAUCCAAACGACUAUGCGCAGUCAGAACGAAAUUGAGACCUCUACGACGAGAACGCCACUUCUGCCACCGGAAUUAUGGCUACAGGUCCUGGAACAUGACGACCCCGUACAUCUUUGGGUUUCAGUCCGCAACAUUUCUCGGACAUACAAACACUACGUCGAACGCGUUUUCACGUCCAAGUACCUCCACAUGCUUGAAAUCUUCUUAUCACUCCCACGUCGAGAUCCGGCAACAAGCAAGUUGAAAUGGCCAGGCGAUCCGAUUCCGGGAUCGCAGCUGGCGAUGGCAUACGCUGGACUCAGCGAGGAUGGAAGGCUGCUGCAUCUAGAAUCUGCGACCGUAGUGAGAGACAGGAACGGCGAAAAGACGCUUGAAGAGCUCAGAUCUACCGGAGUCCUCCCCAAGGAGCGGUUGGAAGAGGCGCCGACUAAUGUCAAUAUGAGUACGAACCCAAUGGCGAGCCUGCCAAUCCAAGUACCGGUACAAGUCGAGUGGAAUGAGGCGCGGAAGGUUUGGACUUGGGAGGUUGAAUGGCGGACCCUGCUCAGGCGGUUGUUCAACGCGAAGGAUAAGCAGAGGAAAAGAUGGCCGACAACAAUCUGGUCCUCCGCUCAGCCUCAUGGACUUCCCUGGCGUGGUCGUCAAGCUUGA